GCAAAAAAGAGAAGUCUCUUUGGGAUUGGGUUGGUUGAUCCCUCUAUGGGCCUAUCUUCUUCUCCUUCCUCUCCACUCCCAACAAUUCAGUUCUUCAUUUCUGAGUAACCGUUUUUCACUUUCUCUCUUUCAAAAAUUCUCUUAUCCCUAAACGAUGUCGUCUCACGCGCUGUUUCAAGCAGCGCAAAUCCUCCCUAUGAACUCUCCCAUUCCUUCUAAAACCUUAUCACCAAAAACCUUCCCCAAACUCCCUCUCCUCCGUAACCGUCACCGCCGUCUUGUUAUCCGAUCGUGGUCCGCUUCUCCCGCUGAUGUCGACAGCGAUACUUCCUUCGGUUCCUCGCUGCUUGAACGGUGUUUUGCUGCUCCGGCCGCGCCUCCUUCCGCUUCCGGUAACAUUAAUCCGGUUAUGAAAGGUAAAUACGGUGCGUUUGGUGCCGUUACGCUCGAGAAAUCGAAGCUUGAAAUAUCGCAACAGCAAAGUAACAAGUCUGCGCCUGAGCUAGCCACUGGGGGAGGUGGUGGAGAUAUUGGAAAGAUAAUCAGUUAUGGUGGUGGUGAUGGAGGUGAUGAUAAUGGUGAUGACGACGACUACUUUGAUGACUUUGAUGAUGGUGAUGAGGGAGAUGAAGGUGGCUUGUUUAGAAGACGCAUACUUCUUCAAGAGCUAUUUGACCGUAAAUUUGUGGAUGCUGUGUUGAAUGAAUGGCAAAGGACUAUCAUGGAUUUGCCCGCUGGAUUUCGGCAAGCUUAUGAAAUGGGCUUGGUUAGCUCAGCCCAAAUGGUGAAAUUCUUAGCAAUGAAUGCCAGGCCAACUGCCAGUAGGCUUAUUUCCAGAAAACUACCGCAAGGACUAUCAAGAUCUUUCAUCGGCAGGAUGCUUGCAGAUCCUGCUUUCAUGUAUAGGUUUCUAUUAGAGCAAGUUGCUACGGUAGGCUGCUCUGUGUGGUGGGAGUUUACAAAUCGGAAAGAUAGGAUUAAGCAAGAGUGGGAUCUUGCACUUAUCAAUGUCCUCACUGCAGCAGCAUGCAAUGCCGUUGUUGUUUGGUCCCUUGCUCCUUGUCGAUCAUAUGGAAACACAUUUCAAUUUGAUUUACAAAAUACACUGCAGAAGCUUCCAAACAACAUAUUUGAAAUGAGCUAUCCUCUUAGGGAAUUUGACCUGCAAAAGAGAGUUCAAUGCUUUUUGUUCAAGGCUGCUGAGUUGUGCAUGGUUGGUUUAAGCGCAGGUGCAGUACAGGGUGCAUUGUCAAACACUUUGGCUAAGAAAAAGGAAGGAAGAUUAUCUGUAACCGUUCCAACUGUGAGCAGUAAUGCACUUGGCUAUGGUGCUUUUCUUGGAAUCUAUGCUAACCUGAGAUAUCAACUGCUAUGUGGAUUUGAUAGAGGAAUGGUUCGUCAGUUUGAUGUUAUUGGAGUUGCAUUGUUCUUCAGCACAGCAUUCAGGGUCUUAAACGUUCAAUUGGGAGAGACUUCCAAACGUGCCUGGCUUGGAGUUGAGGCAGAUCCACUAGCUCAGUCAGAUGACCUCUUGAAAGUUUACAACAGGACUUCUGAAAAUGUAGAACAACCAUCAUCCUCAAAAUGGUUUAUAUCAAAGAAUGCAGUUGUUUCUGGGCUUGGUCUCUUGGGCAUCAAACAAGGGAAUGCAGAUGUGUCUGGUGCAGAAUCCUCAGCUCCCAAAGCUCGUCGAAAAAGGAUUGUACGGAAAAAGGUUGCUGCAGGAUCAGCCUAGAUUCUUCAGAUUUAAACAUAGUCAUUGUUAAAUUUUGUUAAUUACUGGAGUUUGAUACUGCUAUAUUGCCCUUGGUGGUUUCUGGCUGCUGCUCUGGGAGGGGUUGACUAGCGACCCAAAUUUUUUCUUCCCCGUCACCUACAAUUUUAUUACUGAGUUUUUUAAGGGAUUCUUGUAUCGACCCAUUUAUGUUUUUUUUUCUCUGUAUAAUAUAUUUUGAAUUUGAAUAUCUUUUAAAUAAAGUAGAGCAAGCUUUUCUUCGUGGAUUAAAA